AUGGAGUCUCCUGUCGAUGAAGAGCUCAUACACCUUCGAGAAGCAGAAGAUGAAGAUAACAUAAAGCUGAAACAUGCAGACAGUGAUAGUGUGAAUAGUAUUCCCCCACCUCCACUUGUGACUGGCAUGGUGGUGCCUGUAGCUAGCCAGGAAUCAUGUGAUAUCUCAGAAACAGAGAAGAUGAAGCUUACUCAAGAGGUACAAGAUGGUCAAGAACAAAAUUGGCAGCAAGAGAAGACAGAACAUGCAGUGGGUCAACAUGCCAAUUGCUGUGAUAAACUUUUGAAAUGCCUGGGCUCCAUUCCUUGUCCUUCGCUGCUGUCAUGGAUAAUGUUGCUUCUGGGUAUUAGUACUCUAACAGGAAGUCUUCUUGUUGGCGUUUGGAGAACACGUGCUCUGCUCAAAGAUGAUUCUCUAUUGUGGUUCAUGGAAUACACAAUCAUUGGUGUGGUAGUUAGCAUGUUUGUUAUUGGCACCUUGCUGUUAACUGCUGGCCAUUUGUCAUCUGAGCCUACUAGUCGACGAGUGUUCAGCUCAUUAACCAAGAACCGUUGUGCACAAGGUCUCAACAUAUUUGCGCUGGUGAUUACAUACUUCUUAGCUGUAUGCUGGGUGUUGAUAAUUGCUAUUCUGACGACGCCACUGGUCCUGAUCGUCAACAUUAUCAUCGUCAAUCCUGACACGCUGGAUCUAAAAAAUUAUGCCAAGAUAACUAUUUUUAAUGGUGAUGGUGCUUGGAGUAAAAUUAUUCUCAACAUGAUUGUUAUAAUUUUACCUUUACCAUGGAUGUGGCUGACUGUAUUUGUUUCCCCCCAACAGAUUUGCUUUAUUGUAUGCAUCUCAGCCAACAUCACACACCUCAAGGACAACCGAUUUUCCACACUGAAUGCAUACGAAGAAGAGGAGGUUCGAAAUUCAAAGCAUUCGAUGCUUGACACUGAUAUGUGA